AACCAGACGAACACCUUGCCGGCGGCCAUGUCCAUCCACCUCCGCGCCCACGCCUUCGCGGCCAACCCGCUGCGCGGCCUCGCCGGCUCUCCCUCCGCCGUCUCCUCCUCCGCUGCCGCCGACGCCCUCCGCUCCCUCCUCGACGGCGCCGAUGCGGCGGCCCACAACCACCUCUCCCAGGUCCUCCCGUUCCGCCGAGGCCGGCCCCUCGCGCACUCCCCGGACCCUCCUGCUCCCUCCUCCUCCUCCUCCCCCGCGCCACCGCAGGCCUGGCGCCUUGCGUGGCUCCCGCCCUCGCGCGUGCCUGGCGUCCCCCCGGAUGUCUUCGUGUUCCUAGGCUCCCACGGCGGCGCAGGGGACGGCAAGGAGGCCGCCGCGUACUGGGCCGUCGACGUCAGCGAGGUCGAGGGCGCCAGGUUCGGCGGCGCGGGGGAGGGGUCGGCGUUCGUGGACUUGAGGACGCUCAUGGUGGCCGCGGACUGGAGGGACAAGGACGCCAUGGGGGAGCUCGCCAUCGCCGGCCAUGCUCGGGCACUGCUAGAAUGGCACAACACGGCGAAAUUCUGUGGAGCGUGUGGAGCAAAGGCAGUUCCUACUGAAGCUGGGACGCGGAAGCAGUGCAGCAAUGAAUCCUGCAAGAAGAGGAUAUACCCUCGAGUUGAUCCGGUUGUGAUUAUGUUGGUCAUUGACAAAGAAAAUGAUCGUGCUCUGCUCAGCCGUCAGUCAAGAUUCGUACCACGAAUGUGGAGCUGUCUUGCUGGUUUUAUUGAGCCAGGGGAAAGCUUGGAAGAGGCAGUGAGAAGGGAAACAUUAGAAGAAACUGGGAUUGAAGUUGGGCAAGUCAUUUACCACAGUUCUCAACCAUGGCCUGUUGGGCCAAAUACUAUGCCAUGCCAGCUGAUGGUGGGUUUCUUUGCUUACGCUAAAUCAUUGGAGAUUAGUGUUGAUAAAAAGGAGCUUGAAGACGCCCAGUGGCACAGCCGUGAAGAUGUGAAGAGAGCGCUAACAUUUGCAGAAUAUGAGAAAGCUCAGAGAUCAAAUGCGCUCAAAGUCAAUCAAAUAUGCAAGGGUGUCGAGAGAGGGCAGACCAUCUCUUCCGACCUCAGUGUGGAAAGCGAGGAACCUGCUCCGAUGUUUGUACCCGGGCCCUUUGCCAUCGCUCAUCACCUCAUAUCAUCGUGGGCAUUCGAGGGAGCUCCGAAGGUGCCCAGCUCCUUCUCCAACCUAUGAGCCUAGUCCCUGUUAUUUACUAUAUUUCGAUGGACCGCGGUGUACAUAGCGCAUUGAAACACUGUAGACACAUUACAUGUACAUCUCUUACGCUCUUGGUACACAAGAUAUGCUGUUAUUGGUUGUUGGUUGUAAUUGAAGGUAAGAGGAACAAAGGGUUUUGCGGGUCUGGCGUUUUGGACGUGUGUACCCGUGGCUGUUGUUGGUAAUUUGAUUUCGAGUGUACACUAUGUGUGUGUGGAUGUAUAUGUAGAUCAGAUACACAUGUACCUGUAUAGCAGUUGGGGUGGCGUGGUGUUCCUUUUAAGUUUUUUCUUCUUUAUGUAAGGUAUACUUUGCGAGGAAAUAUACAUUCACGAUUAUGUGACAAUAUUUAUGGCCAUCUUGCAAGUUGAACGAGUUUGGUUGUUUAUGGUUC